GGCGGCUGCUGCUGCCGAGGGAGCCCUGGCCCCGCCUCGUCCCCCGGCGGUGGUGCAGCCUCCCGCCGCACCAGAAGGUGCCUUUGCCGGCUCUUUCACCUACGAUGCAGAUGGGGACUAUCGCUCGGUGGGAGAAGAAGGAAGGGGAGAAGAUCAGCGAGGGAGAUCUGAUUGCAGAGGUGGAAACAGACAAAGCAACAGUGGGAUUUGAGAGUCUGGAAGAAUGUUAUUUGGCCAAGAUCCUGGUAGCAGAAGGGACAAGAGAUGUUCCCAUUGGGUCUGUAAUAUGUAUCACAGUUGAAAAGCCUGAGUUUAUUGAUGCCUUUAAGAAUUUUACCUUGGAUUCUGCAGCAUCUGCUGCUCCAGCAGCCUCAGUGCCUCCCCCUCCAGCGGCAGCUCCCCCACCACCAGCUCAGCCCUCUGUGCAGGCUCCAGGCAGCUCCUACCCUCCUCACAUGCAGAUUCUUCUCCCUGCUCUCUCGCCUACGAUGACAAUGGGCACGGUUCAGAGGUGGGAGAAGAAGGUUGGUGAGAAACUGAGUGAAGGAGACUUACUGGCAGAAAUUGAAACAGACAAAGCCACGAUAGGCUUUGAAGUGCAGGAAGAAGGUUACCUGGCAAAAAUUCUGGUGUCUGAAGGAACAAGGGAUGUGCCAUUAGGAACCCCACUCUGUAUCAUUGUGGAGAAGGAGUCUGAUAUUCCAGCAUUUGCUGACUACAGAGAGACUGGAGUAGCUGACAUCAAACCACAAGCACCACCACCCAGUCCUCCCCCUCUGGCGGCAGCACCUCCACCCCAGCCCACUGCUCCUUCAGCUCCAGCAGUCACAUCACCCGGGGCUCCCGCACAUAAAGGAAGGGUAAUAAUUAGCCCCCUGGCGAAGAAAUUGGCAGCAGAAAGAGGAAUUGACAUUGCGCAGGUGAAAGGUACUGGACCAGAUGGCAGAAUCACGAAGAAAGAUAUUGAGUCAUUUGUGCCUCCAAAGGUUGUCUCUCCCCAGGCAGCUCCUGUUGCACCUGCAGCUCCAACAGCAGCACCACCUCCUUCAGGCGUCUUCACAGAUAUCCCCAUCAGUAAUAUUCGGAGGGUCAUUGCUCAGCGUUUGAUGCAGUCUAAACAAACAAUACCUCACUACUAUCUGUCUAUUGAUAUAAAUGUGGGAGAAAUACUGGAGCUCAGGAAAGAACUUAAUAAGGAGGUGUCAGAGAACAUUAAGCUUUCUGUCAAUGAUUUCAUCAUUAAAGCUUCAGCUCUGGCAUGUGUGAAGGUGCCUGAAGCCAAUUCCUCAUGGUUGGACACUGUUAUCAGGCAGUAAGUAUGUGGUCCAAAAGCAGCU